GUAAUUGGGUGCGCUUAUCUGUGACCGACGACGAUGAAUCAGUAGUUGGUCCAUGGCGAGAAGAACAACGUUCCGAAGGAAAAGUAAAGGAAAUUCGCCUAAAAACGGUUCGUCGGCGUUACGAACACUUGCACGCACGAGAGCACGAUUAAGUUUGCAUCAGAUAUGGCGAAAACGAAAGGUCUUGCGUCGAAGACGCUGAUAGCGAAGCGGAAUCAAGCGUGUUUGUUAAGUAUACAAAAGUAUGUAAGUAGGUAAAUGUACCGAUGGUUGGUUGUGCGUUCUGUUUGUGGAAGACUGCGAAAGGAAUGAUAAGCAGGAUAGAUUCGAUUCGUUUGAAUUUGGUUGCCGAGGGACGGCUACCGAUCGGUAUAAAUUGAACGAACCAUCAUCGAUCGUUAAUGGGAACGAGUCGGCCGUGUAGCGAGGCGAGACUUAACGCUGGACGAUAUGGAGAAGAGCCCGUUGGAAAGAACGCGCCGAAACAAACCCGUCGAGCCGGGAAAGCUGCGACAACUUUUUCUAGCAAUUAUGGUAAAUGUUGCAACAUUGUCGUACGGAAUAUCGGUUGGUUGGCAAUCUCCGAUGAUGCCGCAGCUACAAAGUGAAGAUCCGCCGGUGGACGAAGAGCCGAUGACGAACGAGACGGCGUCCUGGUUGACCGGAAUCUUGUGCCUGGCGGCUGCUUUAACGACCGUAGCAGUCGGCAAGAUAACGGAGAGGUAUGGACGGAAAGCGACAGGAUGUCUGGCAGCGAUACCCUCUUCCCUCGCAUGGUUGCUGAUGAUCUUUGCGACGAAACAUUGGCACCUUCUGGUAGCCCGUUUCUUCUCCGGUAUGGGCGGCGCGAUCACUUUGUUCGUGGUGCCGCGUUACGUCUCCGAGAUCUGUUGCGACGCGACACGCGGCAUGCUGGCCAGCCUGCUGUCCUUGAUCUUGAACGGCGGCAUCCUCUUCAGCUAUACAUUCGGCGCGAUGCUGUCGUUCCGCGUGUUCGCGAUCGUCGCGUUCGCGGUGCCGGUUCUCUACUUCGUCAUCUUUCUCUUUGUUCCGGAGUCGCCUGUGUACUUGGUGCGGCAUCAUCGGCUCCCCGAAGCCGCGAGAUCUUUGAGAUGGUUAAAGGCGGGUCACGAGUCGACGGUGCAACGCGAGAUGCUGCGGCUGCAGGUGGAAGCGAAACAAGAGAACGCUUCGGGGAGAUCCGUCAGACCAUCGGACUUGAUACGGGACAAGGCGACGAUUAAGGGCCUGCUCAUCGCGUUGGGUCUGUUCGGAGGUCAACAGUUGUGUGGAAUAUUCGCAAUGAUAAGCUACACGGAAACGAUUUUCGGAAUAUCUGGAAGUUCGUUGUCGCCCAACGCCUCGGCAAUCAUCGUCGGUGCGAUACAAGUGUUUGGCUCGUUCUUGUCCACCUCGCUGAUGGAAAGGCUCGGUAGAAGACCGUUGCUUCUAAUAUCGUGCGCGGGAAUGUGCGUCUGUCACUACGCGCUCGGACUCUACUGCUACAUGGAAUCGCUUCGGUACGACGUUGCCGGUUUCAAUUGGAUUCCGAUCCUGGCGUUGUCCGUCUACGUGAUCGUUUAUAAUUUAGGCCUGGGCCCGGGCCCGUACGUGGUCUCUUCGGAAAUACUCAAUCGAGACGUGUCCGCUCCGAUUGUCACGCUCGGCUUGGUUACCGUUUGGAGUACGGCGUUUUUCGUAGUCAAGUUCUUUCCGAAUAUGGUCGUUUGGCUGAACAUGUACGGAUGCUUUUUCUUAUUGGGCACCGUGUGCGUCUUCAUUUUCCUUUUCGUUUUCACGCUUAUUCCAGAAACGAAGGGUCUGCCGCUUCAGAUGAUCGUGGAUCGGUUGAACGGCAAAGUUUCUCGCACUUGCGACGAUACGCGAUACGUGUCGUCCAGCGACGUUGUUGAAAAACAUAUGCCGGCGCCCGAGCAAGUUUGACAGAACCGUUUCAACGCGUGCCUGACCGUUCACCAGCUUCGAAGCCAGUUUCGAAGCCGUGCUAGACUCAACGCGACGCGAAUUGUCCUUGUAUUCGAACUUAUAUUUCACUAUCCUGUUGACCAACUUGACAAACUUGCUCUUCGCUAUAGAAAUUUUAUCGAAUAUGUUAUUUACUUGGUAGGAAUGUUUUAUUUGUACAAAUAUAGGCGAAUCGAACAAU